AGCAACAGCUUGUGGCUCAUUCUAUCAUUCUUUGGCAGAAUCGGCCUUUCCUACUCACCGAUGCGUGCCUUCGGGCAUUCUUUCUUUGUCACCGCCACUCUAUGGUGCUGUGCCUUCACCUCGGAGCUAGAACCAGAGUGUGACGAGCCGGUCGUAGCGACCGGCGCCGCCUUACUUCAGUCCAGAAGACAGAAGAUCGAUCUGGCAGAAUACCGGUUUGAUGUGACGGAGCCUCGGUAUGAAGGCUCCUCCAACCACUCGGACUUGGCCAAGCACUGCCUGGCGCGCAGUGCGGCUCGGACGGGGAAUGUGCCGCCACCGGCGUUGGCGGCCAAAAUCCAGAGCCAGAUGUUCACGAAGACAACGACCUUUACCAAUUCCAGUUGCUCCGGUAUUACCUUGGUGAACUUCGUGGUGAACUCGUCGAGCUCCAGCUGCUGUCCCGCAGACUCCUUGUCAUGUGGAGGCUGUGCGAGCUAUGCCUCCGGAAAGUGUCAGAAGUGCCUGGAUGGCUAUGGCAUGGAGGAUGGGGUCUGUGUGGCAUGCAUUGGCACCGCAGGGUGGACCAAUGAGCUUGGUGCCACCUGUGAUGCCAUCGAUGAGACCGGAUGCAAUGACCGACCAGUGAACGGCCAAAGCAGCAACCAAGCUUGCUGUCUUUGUAAGGGGGGCCACAAAAGCCCAACGCCUUUCAAAUACCCGGACACCCGCUUUGUGGUGGGUGCUGCCGUGGAUUUGGCACCCACACCUCGCACUGCCAAGAGGUAUUCCUUGAAUGCUGAUUGUGGCUUUGCUGCCCACAACCUCACCAUGGAUGGAGAGACCGGAAAGAUCCACUACAUUGCCUCCCGUGAUAAGCCCACGAAGCCAUUCUCAAUCCAAUGCGAAGUCACCGCUCAUCAGGGUGUCGGACUAGUGCAGACGUCGAAGGUUUCUGUUGCGGUGGACUUCCUGACCUACGGGACCAGUGCUUUGAUCUUCUCUCCCACCGUGCAGUCCUUCAGUUUGACCACCUCCGGUGGAGAAUGGAAGGAUUACAGCAUGGUCUGCGCACCCGAGGCUCCGUGGCUCAGCAUCUCCAACUCAGGCCAUCUGAGUGCUUCCUCCGGCAGCAGGGGCGCGAUCACGGAGGCCGAGAGCGGCGAUGGAGACUACGUGGGGAUGGAUGGGGCUGUCUGCGUGGUCUCCGGAUACCAGAAGGAAGGCGGCCAGUUUUUGAAGAGGAGCUCCACCUUUGUGGCUGUGCAGCCGAAGCCUUGGCCAGGCCUUUCCUAUGAGAGCAACUACCUGGAGGUCGUGGUGGGUGAAGAAGUGAAGCCACUGAAGCCCCGAAUCCCCUUGGGAUACGAGGAGAGCGUGGGUGGCCUACGCCCUUCAUCCUUCCAGGUGUCCUGCAUCGUCGAUGGUGACUGGGCGGGGGACGGCCGGCCUGCGCCGAACUGGUCCUUUGACAGCAUUUGGGGCGUGGGGUUGCUUGGCUCGCAUGAGAUCUUGGAGGUUCAACCAGAUGGCACCAUUUCUAUUGCGCCAGGUGAGUCUAUGGCCAAGCUGUUUGACGAGGUCUUGGCCGACAACUUGCAACGGAAGUCGGUGUUGCUGAGCUGUGGCGUGUGGGGCAGUUUCCCUGGCUCAGACUUCCCAGCACUUCAUACUCCUCUCAUGAUCCGAAUCAAGGACAGCGUGUGCUGGAUCUCGGAGAGCUUCAAAGGCUCAGUGGUCUCCGAGACGCAGGUCUUGCAAGAGUCCCAGUGCCGGAACACCUGUCGCAUGUCCAAGAAGUGCUCCCACUUCACCUGGGGCGAGGACAAGUGCAAGCACUACCGCAUUGAGAAUGAGGGUGGUAUUGAUGUCACGGCAUAUGCCAAAGUCACGGGCUGUGCAGAUCUCAAUACCUGCUUGCGGCUGAAGCAUCCCAAGUGGGUCCUUGCUGGUGACUACUGUCCGGUGGCCUUCCGUCAGGCUGAGCCUGACACCAUCUCUGGAGCGGUGCGUGCUAUACAGGCACCCUAUGUGAAGGGGGACUUCCAGAAGCAAGGUAGCUAUAUGGAGCAAACGAAGGGAACCUGCUACUCGGCGACCCAAGACUGCGGCGUUAUGGAGUUUCCGCUGACUUGCUUGGUUGAGACGAAGGUGAAGUUCCAAGCCGAGAUCAUUGCGCCGGAUGGCAACCAGGAUUCCUUCUGGGCAAAGAUCAAGGGCGUGGGCUCCAAAAGUGUGUGGCACACGGGGACCACCUCCGACUGGGACUGGAGCCCUUCGCAGUCGCCGGAGCUCACCGCACCGGCGGGUGCCAGCGUGGUGCAGUUUUAUGGACGGGAGAAGCUGAAAGUGAAGACCUUCAAGAUCGUCAAGGGCUUGGACAGCUGCAAGUUUACAAUUUUUCCGGAUUUCACCCGCAACGUGGUGUACCGAAAGCAGAGCUCCAUCGAAGAGGAAGUCAUGUACUUGACCGCAGCGAAGGGAGCCUCCAGUUGCGCCAAUGGGAAUUGGUUGGUGACCCGCGCGGACAAGAGCGACUUUGUGGAUGAGCAGUUGGGCUACUUUGAACUCAAAGGGGCUGAGGAACUUUGCUUAGACCCUGGUCUCCCAAGCAAGAAGGGUGAUGUGCACCUGGACUAUGCGACCUUGGCAUGUGGACGGCCUUUGUUCCCAGAAACGGAGGAGGAGCAGCUCCAACCCUUGAUCUUCGAUGACCCCAGCACCACCCAGCCAGAUGACUUCUGGUUGCACCCCUGUGACUGCUUGCCGAUGGGUUGGGGCAGCGCUUGGCCAGCAGAUGCCAUGAGCUUGGAGAAUCUCCCCCCGGCCAGCAAUGGAGCCUUCGUGCCACCGCCCUUCCUCAUCGUCUCAGGCCAGUUCGCCUGCCCUUCUCGCCAGCUUCUGAAGGGUGCUGCGGGCAUCCACUUUGAGUCGGAAGCUGAAUCCAUGGAACCCUCUGACUGCGAGGAGCGAUGCAAAGACUUCAAGACGUGUACCUUCUACUGGACGGGAACCUCGCAUGGUGCAACCACCUGUCGACUCUAUGAAGGAUGUGACAGCUUGGUCCGUGAGUUCGGCAUGGAAGGCGAUCUCUAUGCCUUGCCCCACAAUGCGAGCUGUCAGGUCGCGAACCCUGAGGGCUGCUGGAAGACGAGCCUUCGGAAGCAGUUCUUGACACAGAAGGAGGGCGUCUCACCGUCCUACACACGUGGUGCUGUGGUGAUGAAUGUGGGAGGUCUUCGUUCAUGGACGGGCAACUCCACCGGAACCAAAAGCCGAGAUGUGACCUACAUCGAGCCCUUUGGCAAUAUGUCCACCAUCAAGCUCCUUGGCUGGUCCUAUUUGCAGAGCGGCAUGGGCUUUGUCCGUGAUGUGCCGGGCAUUUCCACGGCGGUGGUGGAAGGCUUGAAUCCCAACAAGGACUACAAAUACUCCAUCAAGCAGCUGACCAACACCAACAGCAUCAACAACAAGGUCACGGUGAACCAUGGCAGUCAACAGACCCUAACUCAAUUCUCUCGCCGCCGUGGCUACAACAAGGAAGGCACUGUCGCAGCCACUCCACGCGGUGAGUUGGUCUUCGACUUUGAAGCACCGAAUUACCCUUUGAACGUCCACGACCGGACUUCGGGCACUUCCAGUGGCACGGCCUCCGAAAGUUGUCGUCGAAGGUACAAGGUCACGGGCUGCACGUGCUACGCGGAGAGCGGUUUGUGCACCGGAUCCAAGGUCGAUGGUGCCAACUGCUAUGCCUACGGCACCAUGGAUGUUCAUGGCGCGACGGGGAAGUCCAUUUCGGUGCGUGCCAAGGUCCGCUGCAUGGAGCUCCCCUUUGCCAACAGCUACUCCGUGCAGACGAGCAGUGGACCCAGCUUCAGCUUUCUGGAGAGCUUCAAUGACACGGAUGAAGGAGAUCGUGAGGUGAGCUUGGAUGCUGUGGGCAAGGCUCGUGAUGAGGAUGAUGAAUCAGAAGAGAAUCUCCUUGAGUCGGCAGAAGAGACUGAGGAUGUGGACGAAGAGUCCGAAGAUACAGCAGAUGCGCAGGAGGAUGAAGAUGAAGAGGGCGUCAAGGACUUUGAGACUGGAGAGCAAGAAUCUGAGGAUGGAAACAUGCAUGUGGACAUCCAGGAUCACUCCAUGUCGCUCUUGGAAGAAGGCGAGUCAUCGGCCUCCGACUCUCAAGGUUGGCGCCGGCGCCGGCGUCGUCGCCGCAGAAGACGCACCCGCCGCAGACGCUCCCGCCGCAGACGCUCUCGUCGUAGACGCUCUCGACGUAGACGCACCUUGCCCACCUCCGUGUCAUCAACAUGUCCUUCAGGAGAAGAAGUGCUGUCCUGCAAUUGCUAUCCGGACUCCUUCACCGAGAAGGCACACGUUUGGACCGUGACCCAUCAUUGCAAGGAGGUUUGGAAGAGCGGCAGAUCCUGCCAUGCGAAAGGUGGCUACGCGCAGGCGGUGUGUGCGAAGCUUCCAGCACCCGCCACACGGAAUUGGCAGGAAAAGGCGGCCUCGGGAAGGUAUUGGACCAACAAGGAUGAGGGACCUACGGCCACAUGCCCCAGCGAUCGCACCCUGUUGGGCUGCUGGUGUAAGAGUACCAGCCACCGAGGAGACAAUUGUGCACGAGUCUGGGCAGAUGGAAAUUCCUGCCGAGCACGGGCCAAUGGCGUUCGAGCACACACCAGCCAUGUGGAUAUCCACGUCACAGCAAACUGUGCAACGAUGAAAACAUCUUUGAUGAUCUUAAGUGAGCUGAAGAUCGAGCUGCAACAACCAGCCAGUUUGGCAGAGACGCCAGUGGUUGAAGCUCGCGCCAUUGGCCACCUGGCUCCCUUGUCCUUCGAGUACAUGCAUUUGCACCAGCAAUGUGAUUCUCUCUUGCUCAUGGGUGGCAUUGGCGUGGAGCAUUGCUCACGGCCCAACUACCGAAAACCCAACUAUCACCCGUGGCAGCAGAAGAAGGUGCUGCCCAUGAGCUUUGUGCAUGGCUCGGAGUUGAAGGUGGGUUGCUGGAAGGAGCGCUUCGAAUCCUUCCGCUCCAAGACGAAGGUGACCCGAGAGACCUUGCACUGCGUGAACGGAGAUUGGUUCAACUCGGUGCAGAGCCCGGAGAUGGGUGCCUUCAGUUGCGAGCCGUGCGUGCUUGUGGGCGGUGGUGGAUACAGCAAGUAUGCCAAGCGAAAUGAGCAGGAGCUUUACUUCUUCAGUCGCAUGGCCGUCCGUGUCUACACGGAGCUGGGCUCGGUGGUGGAGACGUCCGCGGCGGCGCACAAGUUCUGCCUGAAGAAGCACAAGACCUUGGCGCAUUCAAUGAUGUUGGAAAACGAGCAGGAAUGCCCUGAGAUUUUGGCAAUCCAACUUUCUACAUCGUCGGAGGUUCAGGAGCGCAUGAUGCUUCUCCUUGACCAAGGUGCUCCGGACAACAACCAAUGCCUGGAGGCCGUGGUCGCUUCGGAUGGCGUCUCACCUUUCGUGGCUCAUAAGACGUGCAAUCCGGACAAUGUGCGGCAGGAGAUUUCUCCCAUGGCCAUCCCGGAAAUCAUGUGGGAGAUGCACUCCGAUGCAGAUCGCAACAGCGGAGAGGAUCUGCACAGCGCCUUUAGCUCCUAUUGUGGUGCCCAUGGAGCACUGAGCAGUUUGUCCUUCGGGCAGAUCUUUGGUGGAGAUAUCGGUGGAACCAAAUCCAACUGUCACUUCGCUCCGGUGAUCAAGUUCGGAAAGUUUGUAGACAGUACCAUCACCUAUGACAAGACCAGCACAAACUGGCCAGACUGGAACACUUUGUUGGCAGAUUCACCCAUCCUUUGUGCGGAUGGUGAAGCUUUGACUGGAUUCAAGCAUCAGCCUGCCAGCAACAAGUUCAGGUAUGAGUGCAGCCGCAUAGGUGGUCUGGGAGCCAAGUAUGAGUACUUCAGUGCACAGGUAGAGGUGAAAGCCUUUGAUGCCAACCGGGCCAACUUCAUCGAAUCCUUGAAGAUGAUCACCGUGGAUUGCGGAAUGAACGGCCUCCUGAGUGGCUUCCACUUCGAAUUCUCGGAGGGCGGUCGAUGGGCGCGCUCCAAGUACACUUGCUCCAAGGCCGGUGGUGCCCCAGUGGUGAUGGAGCCUUCGACCAUGAUCGAGGCGUUGAUCCAAGAUACCGAGGGAGUCUUCUGCCCGAAGACCUUGGACGUGGACACGGGCCGUUACGAGUAUGAGAACAUCAUCACGGGCGACAAGCUGAACUUCCAAUCGAACGGCGCCUGGUGCGUGGCCUCUGAUUGCUCUGCGGCUGUGGGAGGGGCCACUCCGGUGGGUGUGGUGAUGACCACGCAUGAGGUGCUCAAUGUCACGGACUUCGACGGACACUUCGAAGCGAAGGGCGUCCCGAAGUUGGAAGGUGACAGUGCCAAAGACUUAGCCAAGCGGCUCAAAGCCCUGAAGCCGCCCAAGCGCCCAGCACAGCCGCCGAAGCCCAGCUUACAAGUUUACAAGGCAGAGAUGCCUCAAUAUGCAGAAGAAUGUCUCAACUACCAGGACCUCUGGAAGAAGAUUGUUGAGACCCAUGUGAACGAAGAGAAGGAAGAGGUGACUGAAGAGGCCAAGCUGGAAGCGGAUCCCGGCACUGAGGGGCAGGAGUUACUCGACUACCAUCCUUGCCAGGUGGCGAACGAUGCCGGCGGCAUCUUUGGCCGCAUAGCCGGACAGAGCGGCCAACUGGCACCUGAAAACAUGCUCUACAGCGACUGGAACGAUUGCAUGCAGGGCGACAUCAAUCGAGACUUAGUGGCCGCCAAGACUGCCUACGGGGAAGCCGCUUAUGACUUGGUUGCCAGCGCCAUCCAGGAAGGCAUCAAGCUGGUCUGUGCUAUGCCACCGGACGCGGAGAUCGCGCCUUUGGGAGCCGGUGUGGAAGUGGAGCCGGACAGCAUUUGUGACCAGGUCACGGACUUUGUGCGGGCCAUGAUUGACCUGCCCGUUGGUUUCUCAUUUGCCAGCUUCGAUCUCAAGCUGGAAGAGGAAGGCUUCAAUGCCUGCAACCCACUCCAAGUGGGUUUCGCACGGGUCUUUUGUGAUAUUCAUUGCGUCCGGGAUGCCGUGAUCCGUGGAGACCGAAGCAUCUUGAAGAACCUGGAGAAGGCCACAAAGAUUUCCAACGACAACAUGAAAAAGAUGGUGGAUUGGUCCACCGAGGCGAACAGGGCCGAAACGGAAUACUUGGACAAGAAGAUUGACCAUUCCUUGAAAGUGAACACCAUCUACCUGGAGCACAUCUCAAAGAACACUGAGCCGAUUCUCAUCAAGAACACCGCAGCAGCCACCAAGGCAAUGCUGGACGAGCUCCAAGGGUAUGCUGAGGCCUCAUCCUUCAGCACUGUGAGUCGCCGUGGCACGCAAGAUGCGUUGCAGAGCUUCCUCGUGAGUGCGCAGCAACUUGAGGACACCAACAAGACGUCCCGCUUGAGCCAAGUGCAAGGCUUUCAACGCCAGGUGGAGCUGCUCCAUGAGUCGUUGAAGAUGAACAGCGGCACCUUGAACCGAGCGCAGGUGGUCGGGCGACAGAUCCGCAGCGAAGUGCAGAAGCUGCAGAAGCGCUUCGCCGAGCAGGAACGUGCCUUGAGCAUCUACCGCACUCACAGCAGCUCUGCACAGAAGACGGCCAAGCAGUGGAAACAGGAGGUUCGAGAGGCUAGCAGGUCCCUGGUGAGCUUGGAUCACCUGUGGUGGCGACUUCGAAACCACCUGGACGGCUACCUGGACUCGGCCGAUGUGGAGAUCCGCCGAGUGCAAGCCUCCUUCUUGGCCUUGGAGAACUAUGAGAAUUGCAAGUCAGGCUUCGAGGAGUUGCUCAAGAGCUAUGCCUCCAGCAUGUCCAAGAUGAAGAAGAGCCAUCAGAAGCUAAAGAGCACUUGGCGUGAGGUGAGCAAUUUGAUGGGCGAGAUGGCCUCGAUCAUCCGCGACGGGGACCUCUUUGGUCACGUGAUGCGCGCCGAAGGCUGCGAGUCGCCUUUGGCGAAGCAGACCUUGGACCAGGCACGCUUCGCGGUGCAGGGCAUGGUCUUCCUGCUGCACCGCUUCCAGGCGUCCAGUUUGCCUUUCCCUGACACGACGACCUUGAAGCAGUCUGCGACACAGAUUCAGGAGUCUUACAAGACAGAACUGAUGAAGUGCAGGGCCAGGACGCCCACGCCGCCCACGCCGACGCCAGACGCCAAUGUCCUCAGUCUCAUCGAGUCGUGGAUCCGUUGAGCGUCGAUCUGCCGGAACUCCGAACGCGAAGCGUGAAGCGUGCUGCGAAGCACGCUGAGCCUGAACGUUCGGAGCCUUCUGUCGGCUUCGUAGCUUGCGUUACGUGAGCUCGGGCUGAGUGCACCUGAUUGGUGCAGGACUGUAAGGCAAGAAAAGGAGCAGUUCAUUUCAAGAUCCACCCAGCGAGAGGAAGUAGGAUACAACUCAA